AUGGGAGGGUGAGAGGAUUCACUAGAGACAGAGUGGGGAACAGAACAGGCAGACUGACGAAAUACACUGCUGAGGGGAGCAGUGGGAGAGACAGGAGAGGUCUGCGGCGCCAUGUGGGAUUCUCACCGGCCAGCCGGGAUCAAACUGGUGCUGUAGAGGCUGUGGACAGCGUCACAGUGCGGCACUCAACUGCCUGUGCCACCAGGGAGGCCCUGAGUCAUAAAUUUAAAAUGUAAAACUUAUUUAGGAGAAAACCUUCAGGACUUAGAGCUUUGUGAGCAGUUCUUAGAAAUGAGAGCAAAAGCAUAAUAUGUAAAGAAAAAAAUUGAUAAAAUUGACUUAGCUAAAUGAAACACUGCUGCUCUGACAAGAUCCUGUUAAGAGAGUGGAAAACAAGCUAUAGACUGAAAAUACUUGCAAACCCCUUGUCUAGAAUAGAGAACCCUCAACAGGUGACAAAAUACAAUUAGAAAAUGGACAGAAGACACGGAGACACUGCGAAAAGGAGAUGUAAAUGGCAAACAGGUGAAAGAUGUUCAAUAUCAGCAGGAAAUUAAGGCUAUGAUGUGAGGUCAUUACACACCUAUUGGGACAGCUAAAAUAAAGUGUUACUACCAAAUACAAGCGUGUGGGGAAGCUGACUUGUAGAGGCAUACCUCAUUUCAUUGCACUUUGCUUUAUGACACUGCAGACGGUGUUUUUCACAAAUUGAAGGUUUAUGGCAAUCCUGUGUCCAUCAAGUCCAUAGGCACCAUUUCCAGACAGCAUGUGCUCGCUCACUUCCUGUCUUUGUCACAGGAAAAGGACUCAAGGAAACCAGCCUGAGGUGGGGGCAGGAGCUGUCAGAUCAGGAACGGUGGUCCCACCUCUGGCCUCCCUGGACUGUAGGACCCAUUUCUCUGUUACCCCAUCACAGAAGAACUCAUUGCAACAAGAGGCAUUCAAGCCCGAUUCAAGGACACACUUCCCCAGGAGAGAAGGGCAGCUCCACGGAGACAAACGGACCAGCGGUGCUCACAGAAGCAGAAGACAGGAGAACCCCAACCACAGAAUUCCAGACCUGAGACCCCAAACACCGACUUCAGUAAUGGAGAGACCUGGAGCAUCUAGAAUAUCAGUCCAGACACUCCAGAGAAACAGGCACGGAGGAUUCCCACACCCAGGGGACCCCCCCGCAAAGUUCGGAUUACUCGGGGAAUCCGAGAGGCUGCCUCCUGAACCCCACACGGGAACCCCACGCCUUCUAGUGCUUACAGUCUCCAUGGCCCCCAAAAAGCCAGAUCCCAAGAAGGAUGAGGCCAAGGCAGCCCCCAAGGCGGCUGCAGCUCCCGCGCCUGCAUCUGCUCCUGCACCUGCACCAGCGCCUGAGGACCCCAAGGAGCCCGAGUUUGAUGCCUCCAAGGUCAAGAUCGAGUUUACACCGGAUCAGAUUGAAGAGUUCAAGGAGGCCUUCAUGCUGUUUGACCGCACGCCCACGUGUGAGAUGAAGAUCGCGUUCGGCCAGUGUGGGGACGUCCUGCGGGCACUGGGCCAGAACCCCACGCAGGCUGAGGUGCUCCGUGUCCUAGGGAAGCCCAAGCAGGAAGACCUCAACACCAAGCUGAUGGACUUCGACACGUUCCUGCCCAUGCUGCAGCACAUUACCAAGAACAAGGACAUGGGCUCCUACGAGGACUUCGUGGAGGGGCUGCGGGUCUUCGACAAGGAGGGCAAUGGCACUGUCAUGGGUGCCGAACUCCGCCAUGUGCUGGCUACGCUGGGUGAGAGACUGACAGAAGACGAGGUGGAGAAGUUGAUGGCCGGGCAAGAGGACUCGAAUGGCUGUAUCAACUAUGAAGCAUUCGUGAAGCACCUCCUGGCCAGCUAAGCCUUUCACCUCAGGGAGCCUGGGGGAAGCCAAGCUGGGGACAGCUCAUCUCCCAUUCAUGAUGGCGGUGGCCUGGAGCUGCAGGAGGGAGCGGAGCGCGUUGAGAUCCCUGCACUAGGUCUCUCUGCGCCACCCUGCUGCCCUCUGUGUGUGUGGUCAUCUCCCGUCCCAUCAGGCUGGGCUUGCCUUUGAUGGUACUUCUGUCCCCACCACACAGCCUAAUAAAUAAAUGGCUGGCCUGCCUGCCUGC